AUGCCCAGCUUCCGCUUGACAGAUAAGGAGAAGGGUCCGGGGUGGCUGAUGAAGAAGGGGUUUACACUGAUCCUAGUGGGCCACAUCAACUUCAUCCUGGGAGCCAUCGUCCACGGCAGCAUCUUGCGUCACAUCUCCAAACCCAACGACCAGAUCACCACCGAGUUCACAGCAGCCAACAUCAUCUCUGUCACUUCUGGAUUGCUGAGCAUUGCAACAGGAAUCAUUGCCAUAUUGGUGUCAAGAAAUCUGCCCGUUUGGAAACUGCACAUAGGUCUUCUGAUUAGUUCCUUCCUGAAUGCCCUACUCUCUGCGGCCUGCGGCGUCGGGCUCCUAUUGGCUAUUAGCCUCACAAUUACCAAUGAGGGGCGGGGCCUCAUGAUGGGCUGCAACUUCACUGACCAGCCAAUCAAUGCCCGCUCGCCAGUCAAUGCAGACUGCCCCUUCGACACCACACGGAUAUAUGACACUACCCUGUCUCUGUGGUUCCCAUGUGUUCUGCUGGCAGGACUGGAAACAGGACUGUCCAUCUGGUGCUUCGUAGUGGGACUGGUACUGAGGGGUCUAGGACCCUGCGCACACGCAUACCUCAAAGAACAGCUGGAGGAAGAGGCUCUGACCAAUAGGGCAGCAGCAGAUCCAGAGUACUCACCCCAAGGCCAAAGCCUGAUUGGAUAG